GGACCUAGCUCCCAGCUGGGCUACCAAGCUUGUCCACCACUUCUUUUUUAACCUAAAAGACAGAAAUCUUCCUCGGCAUUUCACUCCUCAUGCCCCCAAGACCACUCUGAUCCAUGGAUCCCAUUGAUCACCACCACCAGCAGCAGCCCACCACACCACGCCUGCAUGGUCGAUAGAUCUUGUUAUAUGCGUGCAUGGAGGGGAGCAGCCAGUUCGAGACCUGCCUUCCUAGCCUCUUCAGCCCACGCGCCGUCCCUCCCCCUUCUCCUCUUGCUCCGCUGCCGAACCAGCACAAGCUUCUGCAGAUGCCGUUGUUCCAGGAGCAGGGCGGGACCCAUGGUGUGAUGCUCUCUUCGGACGACCACCACCACGGCGGCCUCUACCCGCUGCUUCUUCCUGGGAUCCCGUUCUGCAGCUCUGGCGCCGGCGCCGGCGAGAAGCCCGCUAGUUUCGUGGUGCUGGACGCCGGCGAGGCGGCGGGCACCUCAGCGGCGAAAGCCGCCGGCGAGAUCGCUAGCACCACCACCGCCACCAAUUUGCACGGGUCAAGUUCAUGGUGGAAGGGCUCGGCGGCGGCGGCGGGGGAGAAAGGGCGGAUGAAGGUGAGGAGGAAGAUGAGGGAGCCGAGGUUCUGCUUCCAGACCAGGAGCGACGUGGAUGUGCUGGACGACGGCUACAAGUGGAGGAAGUACGGCCAGAAGGUUGUCAAGAACAGCCUCCAUCCAAGGAGCUACUACCGGUGCACCCACAGCAACUGCCGCGUGAAGAAGCGGGUGGAGCGGCUGUCGGAGGACUGCCGCAUGGUGAUCACCACCUACGAGGGCCGCCACACCCACACCCCCUGCAGCGACGACGCCGACGGCGCCGGCGACCACACCGGCAGCUGCGCCUUCACCUCGCUCUAGAGAUCGAUCACACGAGCGAGGUUAAAUGCUGAUGCAUAAGCAGGUUAAAUGUUCUUGUGCCUGUGCAUCUGAUGAAGAUAAUAGCAUGCAGCAACUAAUGCUGUGAUAUUUGGACGAUGCACCAAGAUGUUGCUGCGAGGUUCCAUCGAUCCUAUUCUACUGGUGACUUUGGUUACAUGCA